AUGCUGACAGAACUCCCCCGUUUGCCUGAAGUCGACCUGGAAAUUAUCCUGGAAGCUUUCCAUGCUACCGCACAGUCUACCGACUUAAACCAACGUCAAUGGGGCGAUAAGGCUCGUCUCCAAGAGAUUGGAGUACAAGUGCUGCAUAUGGCGCUCACGGCUCAUUACUUCUCCGUCAAGCCGAAUCUAUCUGCAACUGAAAUCCAGAGCAAAGUCAGCGAAGUGCGGCAUGGGGGCAGGAUCCACGAAUGGGUGGGACGUUACGAUAACUUGAUUAGGUUCGUGAUGGACAAAGACAGCCCCGCGGAACGUGGGCAACUAUUCGAGGCCUAUGUCGGGGCGUUAUGGUACAGCAAAGGCAUGAAGGCGACCCAGAAGUGGAUCAGCGACCUUCUCGGCGACAACGUCUACGUUAAGGACGAACCGGACGACACCGCUCAAGACGUCACCGGAGAUUCGUCACAGUCGCCUCCCCAGUAUUCACCAACUGCAACAACUACCAGUGGCCCUCCCCAUCCGUCCGUGGCGCCUGCCAUUCCGUUGGCCCAUGUCAAUGAGUUAGCUGCGCAGAGAAAGAUAAAUAUGACUUGGGAAGCAUCCUUUUCAGGACCGCCUCACAUGCCCAUUUGGACUGUGCGAUGCCUGGUCAACGGCCAGUCCUACGGUGAAGGCACCAACGCCAAUAAGAAAAAGGCGCAGGCGGAGGCGGCCUCAAACGCAUACUGGAACUGUCCUGCGUUCCGUAGCGUACCCAAUUAAUCGAGACCUCGUUUCUUCCCCUCAUCAUGCGAUCAAUACAUUUCUAUGCAUUUGUGAAUAAAAUCCUUUUCGCGAUAUAAA